AGCGGAUAAUUUUCGCAGAUUAGUUUGUAAUUGAAAAUAAUAUACGAAUGUCCGAGGCGGAAGCCAAGCCAGCGUCGCCUGCGCCAACACCGGCCAACAACCCGGAAGCCAGCGUCAUCCUGCAGACGCCGGUCCUCCAGGUAGCCUGCAGGAUGCUGCGAUCCCCGAGCCACGAGAGCGUCACAACGGAUAUUUCGCUAUUCAGCGUUUCGUCCUCGGCCAGCGAGGCCCGUGGCAAUCGACUCACACCUUUCAAAUCGUACAGCGACGCUCACCUGGGCAGCAGAGGCCCAUCGCCCAACCCCGAAAAUCGGCAGAUCCAAGCCAACAGGCCGGCUGACAUUCCGGAAAUCCUCUGGUUCGAGGAGGAAACGGAGUUGAUCCGAAGCUGCGGAGCACUCUCCUCGGCACUUGGCCUACAGAAAAGCUUCAGCACUAGUGACGUCUUCCAGUUGCCCAAUCCAGACGCGGGAUGCUCGCGAAAACUUCGUUCCGCCGUCUCCGCCCUCGCGGUGGAUACUGCUCACCGGGACGGGCUUCUCCUCGAGCAGGCCAGGCUCGACCACGCUUCGAGGUCCUGCAGCACUUGGGUCGCCGUCGGCGACGUUGGGACCACGUCUCAGCUGCCAAGUCCGCACGGUGGGACCAUCCAACCAGCGCCACCCGCCCCGGCUCAUCAUCCAAACUCCAUGCCCUUCACGGCUGCCGACUUCGUCAGGUCCGUCAACAAGAAGGUCCGCCAGAAUUACAUUCGUCGGAGGUUGCUGACGACGUACAGAGCGAUGGAACGCCUUUCGCAAAGUGAGUUCAACCUGGACAGAUUGGAGGCUGCUGCAUCGGCGGCCCAAUCAAGUCAAGGAGCGACGCUGUCGGUUCCGGGUGUUUCGUUGACUUCCGAUUCGGUGCUGACAACCUCUCGGAAGGGGAAAGACCACCCGUUGACCGUGAGGGACGUGGAGCGAGACCGUGGUAAACAGUUGUCCAAGUACGACAGGAACAUGAUGAUAUUCAACUGGCUCCACACCCUCGACGAAACGGCUAUAGACAGUUUGGAGUAAUUUCAACGAUAACUCUGACAAGCCGAUGAUGCAGUUGCAUUCAUGCGUACAUCAUGCGAUGCUUUCGUUUCGUUGGCGAGUGUGUGUAGGUGGAUGUGUGUGU